GCCCCGCUCCCCCCCCUCCCCUCCAGCGUGGUGACGCGCAAAGUGUGUGCCCGCCAUAGCAAUCGCGGCCGCCGCGGGGUGUGCGGGGCCGAGCGCAGGGGCCGGGGGCAGCGGCGACCCAGCGGGGCAUCGGGCAGGCUAAGCCAUGACUUCAGGAUCUGGGCAUGUGGACUCCAAGGCUGAGCUCACUGCUUUGCUUGAGCAAUGGGAGAAAGAACAUGGCAGCGGACAAGACAUGGUCCCUAUUCUCACCAGAAUGUCUGAGCUGAUUGAGAAGGAGACUGAAGAGUACCGCAAAGGGGACCCAGACCCAUUUGAUGACCGACACCCAGGUCGAGCGGACCCAGAGUGCAUGCUUGGUCACUUACUGAGGAUACUCUUCAAGAAUGAUGAUUUCAUGAAUGCGCUAGUGAACGCUUAUGUGAUGACAAGCAGAGAACCUCCAUUAAACACUGCUGCCUGCCGUCUUCUUCUGGAUAUCAUGCCGGGACUGGAAACAGCUGUUGUCUUUCAGGAAAAGGAAGGCAUAGUUGAAAAUCUCUUUAAGUGGGCGCGAGAGGCUGAUCAACCUCUAAGGACAUACGCAACAGGGCUAUUAGGAGGAGCCAUGGAAAACCAAGAUAUUGCUGCAAAUUACAGGGAUGAGAACUCCCAAUUGGUGGCUUUGGUGCUUCGACGGCUACGAGAGUUACAGGUCACUGAAAUGACUACAAAACAAGAAAACAAGCGUCCCAGUCCUCGGAAAGUGCCGUCAGAUCCUCUGCUGCCUCUAGAUGAAGAGGCUGUGGAUAUGGACUAUGGGGAAAUGGCAGUAGAUGGAGAGCAAGAGGAAGUUCCCGGUGAUAUGGAGAUCUCCUUUCAUCUUGAUUCAAGUCAUAAGACCAGUAGCAGAGUAAAUUCUGCUACAAAGCUAGAUGAUGGGGGACUGAGAAAAAGCAAAUCAGGGAAACAGCAUGAAAGAGACGGCUUCCGGAAGGCCAAGCAAAAGCUGGGCUUCUCUGCUUCAGAACCAGAGCGGAUGUUUGUUGAACUGUCCAACAGCAGCUGGUCAGAAAUGUCCCCAUGGGUGAUUGGCACUAAUUAUAUGCUUUACCCUUUGACUCCCGCCAUAGAGCAGAGGCUAAUUCUUCAGUACCUGACUCCCUUAGGGGAGUACCAAGAGCUACUGCCCAUCUUUAUGCAACUGGGAUCAAGGGAACUGAUGAUGUACUACAUCGAUUUGAAGCGAACUAAUGAUGUGCUGCUCACUUUUGAAGCCCUUAAGCAUUUGGCAUCAUUGCUGCUGCAUAACAAGUUUGCAACGGAGUUUGUUGCUCAUGGAGGAGUGCAAAAGUUGUUGGAGAUUCCUCGUCCUUCCAUGGCAGCAACAGGGGUCUCCAUGUGCUUAUAUUAUUUGUCUUACAAUCAAGAUGCCAUGGAGAGGGUGUGCAUGCACCCCCAUAAUGUGCUUUCGGAUGUAGUAAACUACACCUUAUGGCUAAUGGAGUGCUCCCAUGCCUCAGGCUGCUGCCAUGCUACCAUGUUCUUCUCCAUUUGCUUCUCCUUCCGUGCUGUCCUGGAGCUCUUUGACAGGCAUGACGGCCUUCGGCGUCUGGUUAACCUGAUAAGCACUCUUGAGAUCUUAAACCUGGAAGACCAAGGAGCCCUCUUGAGUGAUGAUGAGAUCUUUGCCAGUCGCCAGACUGGGAAACACACCUGCAUGGCCUUACGUAGAUACUUUGAGGCUCACCUUGCUAUCAAACUUGAACAGGUGAAGCAGUCGCUCCAGCGCACUGAAGGUGGCAUUCUUGUCCACCCACAGCCCCCCUACAAGGCCUGUUCAUAUACUCAUGAGCAGAUUGUAGAGAUGAUGGAGUUCUUGAUUGAAUAUGGUCCAGCACAGCUAUACUGGGAGCCAGCAGAGGUUUUUCUCAAAUUGUCUUGCGUCCAACUCAUGCUUCAGCUCAUUUCAAUAGCAUGCAACUGGAAGACGUACUACGCAAGGAAUGACACAGUACGAUAUGCUUUGGAUGUACUAGCCAUCCUGACUGUGGUUCCUAAAAUCCAGUUGCAGCUGGCAGAACCUGUGGAUGUGUUAGAUGAAGCUGGAUCCACUGUUUCCACUGUGGGUAUUAGUAUCAUCCUUGGAGUUGCUGAGGGUGAAUUUUUCAUCCAUGAUGCCGAGAUUCAGAAAUCAGCCCUUCAGAUCAUCAUCAAUUGUGUAUGUGGCCCAGAUAAUCGGAUCUCCAGUAUUGGCAAAUUCAUCUCUGGAACUCCUCGGCGAAAGCUUCCUCAGGCCCCCAAGAGCAGUGAGCACACAUUAGCUAAGAUGUGGAAUGUGGUACAGUCCAACAAUGGCAUCAAAGUGCUGCUGUCAUUGCUGUCUAUAAAGAUGCCGAUCACAGACGCAGAUCAGAUCCGAGCAUUAGCCUGCAAAGCCUUGGUGGGGCUCUCGCGCAGCAGUACUGUCCGGCAGAUUAUCAGCAAGCUCCCCCUCUUUAGCAGCUGUCAAAUUCAGCAGCUGAUGAAAGAGCCGGUGCUUCAGGACAAACGCAGCGAGCAUGUGAAGUUCUGCAAAUAUGCUGCUGAGCUGAUAGAGCGUGUCUCGGGGAAGCCGUUGCUGAUUGGCACAGAUGUCUCUCUGGCUCGGUUGCAGAAAGCGGAUGUGGUGGCCCAGUCAAGGAUCACGUUUCCUGAGAAGGAGUUGCUGCUCCUGAUUCGGAACCAUCUCAUCUCUAAGGGCCUAGGAGAAACUGCAUCUGUCCUUACUAAAGAGGCUGACCUACCCAUGACUGCAGCAUCUCAUUCAUCUGCCUUCACCCCUGUUGCGGCUGCUGCCUCUCCUGUGACCCUGCCUCGCACUCCUCGCAUAGCUAACGGCAUCUCAGCCCGUUUGAGUAGCCACACUUCUGUAGGUUCCACUGCCACCUCUGUCCAUGCUCAGGCAAGGCCGUCUGCAUCCCAAGGUCCACUUGCCCUUCCAGGCCCUUCUUACGCCAGCAGCUCUCCUCUGAUUGGCAGGAUUAGCUUUGUCAGGGAGAGGCCAUCUCCCUGCAACGGCAGAAAAAUCAGAGUGUUGCGACAAAAAUCGGACCAUGGCGCCUACAGCCAGAGCCCAGCUAUCAAAAAGCAGCUGGACAGACACCUUCCUUCCCCACCCACGCUGGACAGUAUAAUCACAGAGUACCUUAGGGAGCAGCAUGCCCGCUGCAAGAACCCUGUUGCCACCUGUCCCCCUUUCUCUCUCUUUACUCCCCACCAGUGUCCUGAGCCAAAACAGAGGCGCCAAGCGCCAACUAACUUUACCUCACGGCUGACCCGCAGGGCAGCCUUUCCGAAGUACGGAGGGGUGGAUGGUGGCUGCUUUGAUAGACACCUUAUAUUUAGCAGGUUCCGUCCGAUUUCUGUGUUCAGGGAAGCAAAUGAGGAUGAGAGUGGCUUUACCUGUUGCGCGUUUUCUGCGAGAGAACGAUUCUUAAUGCUGGGUACUUGCACAGGGCAGUUGAAACUCUAUAAUGUAUUCAGUGGACAGGAAGAGGCCAGUUACAACUGCCAUAACUCUGCCAUCACGCACCUUGAGCCAUCCAGGGAUGGAUCUUUAUUGCUGACAUCUGCUACGUGGAGCCAACCUCUGUCUGCAUUAUGGGGAAUGAAGUCUGUCUUUGAUAUGAAGCAUUCCUUCCCUGAUGACCACUAUGUGGAGUUCAGCAAGCACUCUCAGGACAGGGUCAUUGGCACAAAAGGAGAUAUUGCCCAUAUCUAUGAUAUUCAGACUGGCAACAAGCUAUUGACUCUGUUUAACCCAGAUCUUGCCAACAACUACAAGAAGAACUGUGCCACCUUUAACCCCACUGAUGACCUUGUCCUAAAUGAUGGUGUCCUCUGGGAUGUUAGAUCGGCACAAGCCAUCCACAAGUUUGACAAAUUCAACAUGACCAUCAGUGGUGUUUUCCACCCCAAUGGGCUAGAGGUCAUAGUCAACACAGAAAUUUGGGACCUCCGAACUUUCCAUUUGUUACACACAGUACCUGCAUUGGAUCAAUGUCGUGUGGUCUUCAACUAUACUGGCACAGUUAUGUAUGGAGCUAUGUUGCAGGCAGAUGAUGAAGAUGACCUUCUGGAGGAGAGAAUGAGAAGUCCCUUUGGCUCUUCUUUCAGGACAUUUAAUGCAACUGAUUAUAAGCCUAUAGCGACGAUAGAUGUCAAGCGGAAUAUCUUUGACUUGUGCACAGACAGCAAGGACUGCUAUCUAGCUGUCAUUGAGAAUCAAGGCAGCAUGGAUGCCAUGAACAUGGAUACAGUUUGCAGACUGUAUGAAGUGGGCAGGCAGCGUUUGGCAGAAGAUGAAGAGGAUGAAGAAGAAGAUCAGGAAGAAGAGGAGCAAGAGGAAGAAGAUGAUGAUGAAGAUGAUGAUGAUACAGAUGACCUUGAUGAACUAGAUACGGACCAGCUGCUGGAGGCUGAGCUGGAGGAGGAUGAGAACAAUGAGAAUGCUGGCGAGGAUGGAGAAAAUGACUUUUCUCCGUCUGAUGAUGAGGAGCUUGCCAACCUCCUGGAAGAGGGAGAUGAGGGUGAAGAUGAAGAUUCUGAUGCUGAUGAGGAAGUUGAGCUGAUUCUUGGAGAUAUUAACUGCAGCAUCCAAUGAAUUCACAUAAGAAAAAGAACCAACAUCGCCUCUAAGCUGACAGCUCAGAUAACUCUGACUUGGAGGACGACAUAAUCCUGUCUCUGAAUGAGUGAGGAGUGACUGCCAGGCGGGGUGUUGGCAGGAGGAGACGAUCCCUUCCCAGCAGAAGACCGGAGACCAAAUUGGACACCGAUUCUGAGCACCCCAACCUUUUUUCUCCUGGGAAAACCUGAGGAACUCCAGCCCAUCCGCUGUCUUGGUUUGAGUCCAUUUGAGGCUCGUGGCUAAGUCUGAGGCUGUACAAUAAAGAGACCUGGGGUUAGGCCUCUUAUCUCUCUGCCUUUUUUUUUUUUAUUUUUUAUUUUAGGCUGAGAUGACUCUCCUCUUCAAGGAAACUUCUGAAGAUAUUUCACAAUAUAUUUUCUUUGUAUAAAGUUCUUUCCUAAAGAACAGAAAUAGUUUUAUAUAAAACAAAAAAAAAAAAAAAAGGCAGGUGUUCUAGUAAAGAGGGGAUGACUUUGUAUUCCUGUAGUACCUUGUUACCAUGGGGUAGGUUCAGGGGAGAAAAAAAUGUUUAAAAGAAGAGGCAUUUUUAUGCAACUACUAAGUGAAAUAAGAGGAUCAUGGUUUCUAAUAUUGUUGAGGAGUGAGAAUAUUUUUAUUUUAAAUAUGAUUUUAUUUUUAAAGAAAAAAAAAAAGCAACAGGUGUUAACACCUGCUAAUGCGCCAGUGUGUUUCAGAUGCUUUUGUCCUCCAGGGAAGAGCCCUGGGGGUGUUUGCUAACUAAAAGUACAGGCUGUUUAAAGCGGAGAUUCUCGGUGUGAGACCAGCUAUAGUGGGAGGCUGAAAUCCUGGCUUGGCCUAGUCAGAGCCCGGUAUUCCUGAAGACAUGGGGAUCUGGGAUUGAAGUUUGAACCCUCUUUCUCCCCUCUGCCCUUUGUGGUUCAAGUUUUUUAAUCUUUUUUUUUUUUUUUUUUUUUUCCCCUCCCUCUUGCCCUCUGUGUGGAAACUGCAAAUUGAAGGCCUUUUUCUUUAAUGUAAAGUGUAUUUAUUAAAAAAUUAAAUACAAAUCCUG